CGGGGACGUGACGCCAGAGCCGCGCGUCGCGGAGGCGGUGUGGCGGCGCGGCGCUCGCUGGUCCCGGCUGAAGAACAGCAAUUUUUCUGCCGAGCAGUCUUCCCUUAAUCAGAGUCAGGCUCAGUGCACCACUGACAACCCCAUGGUUUGCUCUGGUUACAGUUGAGUAAUUAUCUCUAGUUGCAGUUUUGCUCUUAGCUGCUGUGCUUCACAAGAGAGAUUCUCAUGGAUCUCAACAGUGCUAGCACUGUUGUUUUGCAAGUCUUGACGCAAGCUACUAGCCAGGAUACUGCAGUGUUGAAGCCAGCUGAGGAGCAACUGAAGCAGUGGGAGACACAGCCAGGUUUUUAUUCAGUCUUGUUGAAUAUCUUUACAAAUCAUAGCCUGGAUGUGAAUGUAAGAUGGUUAGCUGUACUGUACUUUAAAAAUGGAAUUGAUCGCUACUGGAGACGGACCACACCACAUGCUCUUUCGGAAGAAGAAAAAUCUACAUUGCGUGCUGGACUUAUCACCAACUUUAAUGAGCCAGUCAAUCAGAUAGCAACUCAGAUCUCUGUAUUGAUUGCUAAAGUUGCCAGAGUGGACUGCCCAAGACAAUGGCCAGAACUUAUACCCGCUCUUGUAGAAGCUGUGAAGGUGCAGGAUGAUCUUCAGCAACACAGGGCGCUACUUACAUUUUACCAUGUUACGAAGACCCUGGCAUCCAAACGGCUUGCUACAGAUAGGAAGCUUUUCUAUGAUCUUACAUCAAGUAUUUAUAGCUUUGCAUGUUCCUUGUGGAAUCACCAUACAGAUACAUUCCUACAACAGAUUUGUAGAGGGGAUGAAGCUGCAGCUGCAAAUUCCCUAGAAAGGACCUUGUUGUCAUUGAAAGUGCUUCGGAAACUAACAGUCCAUGGCUUUGUAGAACCUCAUUGCAAUGCAGAGGUGAUGGGUUUUCUGCAUGACGUAUUUGAACGGCUGAAACAGUUUCUGGAGUGUACUAUCCAGAAGGAAAAUGAAAGUCUAAAAAAUGAUAGUGGUGAAAUGUCUGAUUUACCAGGUAGAAUGGUAAGAGCAGAAAGCAUAUGCAGAGAUCGUCUAGAAAAGACCAUAAUUCUGUUCACUAAAGUGCUUUUGGACUUCCUGGAUCAACAUCCUUGCUCAUUCACUGCUUUGAUUCAGAGAUCACUGGAGUUCUCUGUAAGCUACGUUUUCACAGGAGCUGGUGAAGGAGUUGUAUUUGAGCAGUUUAUUAUACAAUGCAUGAAUCUCAUUAAGAUGAUUGUAAAAAAUUAUGCAUACAAACCAUCCAAAAAUAUUGAAGACAGCAGCCCUGAAACUCUUGAAGCACAUAACAUAAAGGCUGCUUUUUUCACAUUCCCAACGCUAAUGGAAAUCUGUAAGAGAUUAGUUACUCAUUAUUUCCUGCUGACAAAGGAAGAAUUGGCUAUGUGGGAAGAGGAUCCAGAAAGCUUCACUGUAGAAGAGACUGGAGGAGAUUCUUGGAAGUACAGUCUCAGACCAUGCAUGGAAGUCCUUUUUAUUGAUAUUUUUCAUGAAUAUAAUCAGACUCUUACCCCAGUUCUUUUGGAAAUGGUUCACAGUCUACAAGGAUCUACCAACGUGGAAAAUACCAGUGCUAUACUGAUUAAAGAUGCUGUGUAUAAUGCGGUUGGACUGGCUGCCUAUGAACUAUUUGAUAGUGUGGAUUUUGAUCAAUGGUUUAAAAAUCAACUAUUAGCAGAACUACAGGUUUCUCAUGACAGAUAUAAACCAAUACGCCGACGAGUAAUCUGGCUGAUUGGACAGUGGAUUCCUGUAAAAUUCCAAUCAGACUUGAGACCUAUUUUAUAUGAAGCAAUUCGUAACUUACUUCAAGACCGUGACUUAGUGGUCCGUAUUGAGACAGCUACGACACUGAAGUUAACUGUAGAUGACUUUGAGUUCAGAACUGACCAGUUCUUACCGUACCUGGAGUCCAUGUUUACACUGCUCUUUCAGCUACUUCAGGAAGUAACUCAAUGUGACACCAAAAUGCACGUUCUUCAUGUUCUGUCCUGUGUGAUUGAAAGAGUCAAUAUGCAGAUACGACCGUAUGUCGGAUGUUUGGUUCAGUAUUUACCACAGCUGUGGAAGCAGAGUGAGGAGCACAAUAUGCUACGUUGUGCCAUUCUAACCACGCUAAUCCAUCUCAUCCGGGGACUGGGAGCAGACAGCCAAAAUCUCUACCCAUUUCUACUUCCAGUUAUCCAACUAAGUACAGAUGUUUCUCAGCCUCCACAUGUCUAUCUUCUGGAAGAUGGUUUACAGCUGUGGUUAGUGACAUUGGAGAAUAGUCCAUAUCUUACACCAGAGCUCCUGAGAAUAUUUCAGAAUAUGUCUGCCCUUCUUGAGCUGAGUUCAGAAAAUCUCAAAAAUUGCUUUAAGAUCAUCAAUGCUUAUAUUUUCUUAUCUUCAUCUGAAUUUUUGGAGAUGUAUGCUGCUGACUUAUGUCGGUCAUUUUGUGAGCUUUUGAAGGACAUAACUAUUGAAGGUCAAGUUCAAGUUUUAAAGGUUGUAGAAAAUGUCCUAAAAGUCAACCCUGUGUUGGGUCCUCAAAUGUUUCAACCCCUUCUGCCAUCAGUAUUCAGGGGGAUUAUAGAAGGGGAGAGGUACCCAGUGGUGAUGUCUACUUAUCUGGGGAUCAUGGGUAGAGUUCUACUACAAAAUGCAAGGUUUUUUUCAUUACUUUUGAGCCAGAUGGCAUGUGAAUUGGGUCAGGAGUCGGACCAAAUUCUUGGUAACAUGAUUGAAAUGUGGGUUGAUCGGAUGGAUAACAUCACUCAGCCAGAAAGAAGAAAACUUUCUGCUUUGGCAUUGCUUUCUCUUCUGCCUUCAUUAAAUAGUGUUAUCCAAGAUAAAUUUUGUGGUAUCAUCAACAUUUCAGUGGAAGGACUGAAUGAUGUUAUGACUGAAGAUCCUGAAACAGGAACAUACAAAGACUGCAUGUUAAUGUUUCAUUUUGAAGAGCCCAGAGCUACAGAAGUUGAGGAACCUCCCACAGAACAAGACAAAAGGAAAAAAAUUCUUGCGCUGAGGGACCCAGUACACGCUGUGUCACUGCAGCAGUUCGUCUAUGAGAAGUUAAAGGCACAGCAGGAAUUACUGGGAGAACAAGGUUUUCACGCCCUUAUGGAAACCGUGGAUACAGAAAUAGUUGCCCAACUACAAGAAUUUUUACAAGGCUUCUAAAUAAGCAGAAAAAAGAUUUUCUAUGUCAAAUUUAUAUUUCAAAAAUAUGAAAGAACUCUAGCCUUGGGUCUUGUAUGGAUGAGUCUAAUGAAAGGAGAAAAUAACUUGAUACAAAAGAAUAAAAAAAGUUGCUGCUGUUGCUCCUAAA